CUUCCUGCCUGCUUGCUUUCCGGCCUGUCAGCUGGCCUGGCUGUCUGUCUGUCUGUCUGUCUAUCUGCACGCGUACAAAAUUUCUUUCCACUGUUGUUUUUGCUAUUAUUGCUUAUUGCUCGCUCUCUCAAGCUCUCCUGUGAGCACCACAUUUCACUUUAUUGUGUUCGACUUUCGUUAUUAUUAUCGUGCGCGCUUCGUAUUUUUCGUUAUAACGAUACGAAAUCGCGCGCCGGUGUAUGACAUCACGUUACGACAAGUUUUUAGUAACGCGAAAAAUGCCAAACGAUUUGGAUGUACGUCGCUUGAUAGAAGAGGUAAAGGCACGGCCCAUUAUUUGGGAUGUGCGUUACGGGGAGUAUAAGGAUAGGACGAAUACGCCGCAAAAGUGGGCCGAAAUCGCUGCAAGUUUGAGUGUCGAUGUCGAGCACUGCAAACGAAAAUGGAAGAAUCUACGCGAUGCCUAUCGCGCCGAAGUGCGUCGCAGCGAACGACGUGUUGAGCGGCUGAAAGCGAGCGGCAACUACGACAGUUCCAUGGAUGUACGCAGCAAAUGGGCCUACUUCGAUCAGAUGAGUUUCAUUAACGACAGCCGCCGGCCGAGAUAUCAAUCGCACACGCACAAGAGCGAAGGCGAGGGGUCGAAUGGCUCACACGAUGACACGCCCGGCUUUCACAGCUUUUGCGACAUUAAAAUGGAACCACAACACACCACCGACGAGGAUGACUACGAGGACGACGAUCAAUUGCUCGAACAAUUCGAGAGCGCCGCUACACCACAAGCGGUGCGACGCCUCUCCAAUUCCAUAUCCGUUGCGAAUGCUGUCGAAGAUGCGGCCAUAGCCGGCACGAGCAGCAGCCGCUCGCCCAGCUGCAAGUGUUCGAAUCGUGCCGAUGAUCAGGUGCAUUUUCUGGAGAAUUUGGAACGCGAGGAACAGAGUCUGAUGCAAUCGACACGAAUGGAUAUGACGCGCGACAAUAGCACCAGUCACGUGGGUGAUUCGGAUUACAAUUUCCUCGUUAGCUUUUUGCCGCAAAUGAAGCGCAUGAGCGAGUUGCAGAACUUGCAAUUUCGUGCGAAGAUGAGCGAGUUAUUGUUGAACAUCAUGGCGCCGCAGUCGCCGUCGGGGCAAUUAGUGUCGACCAACGCACAGAGUUUGCAAAGAUUCCAACCACAACAACUACCGCUGCAACAACUACAGCAAAUGCCGUACCAGCAGGCGCCAGCACAACUAGCUCUACAGCAGCAGCAACAACAAGCGCAACGUGGUGUCAUUCAGUGCAUGCAAUCAACGCCAGCGCAAGAUUUGUUGCAACUACAAACCGAACAACUGCAAUUGCAACAAGACGAUCAACGAAUGCAACAACAGCGACCACAAUUCACAGCAGCCGAUUUAAUGGAUGCCGAACAGUUGGAGAGCAGCAAUCUGAGCGCUGCCAGCGAAAUGCUCGGCGAUAACUCAAAUAAUUGGCCAUGAACUGCUGACACGCACAAAAACUCAGGCGCAUGCACUCAAUACAGUGCUUUUCAAACUGUGUGCAUUCUCUUUGAUAAUAUUACGUAUCUAAAAGUCUAAAUGUGAAAUUUUUAUCAAAAAGUCAAUUUAUUUCAUUCAAUAUACCAAAAAAUACCGUGAAAUAUAAUUACUUUUAUUAAUAUAUUCAAAAAAAUUUUUUUAUGUUAAUAACUUAUAUAUGUUUUUGGAGUAUAAAUGUGUUUUUGCAUUUUUUCUUUAUAUGGCAAGCUUUAAUAAAAAUUUAAAAACAUGUAAAACAAAAAAAAAA